AAGUAAUAAAAUAGAAAUUCUAUACAAAUAAAAUUUUUUGAAAAACAAAAUUUUAGAUAAUUUGAAGAGUCAGCGAGAGCAAAGAAGUAUUUUGUGUGCGAGUCUCUGAGCUUUUUUUUUUUUUUUUUGGGGGUCCAAAAGAAGAAGAAGAAGAAGAAGAGAAGUUGACAAAGAACGACAUUAGAAUUCAGAAAAGAAUGGGCAAUUGCUGCUCCGACGACGCCGGCGGUCGGAUGGCCGUCGGCGGCACCGCCGCUUCUCACGCCAAUCCCAACGCCGCCACUUCAAACGACGCCGUCGAGAACUUCCUCCGUUCCCACGGCUACCCCUUCUCUCAGAUCGAGUUAUCGUUAUCUGCUUCCGGCUUACGAGACCGAGAUGUGUUCUCCAAGAGUGACCCCAUGGUGGUUAUUUAUACAAAAGAAAGGGAUGGGACACUUGUGGAGCUCGGUCGCACAGAAGUGGUUUUGAAUUCAAUAAAUCCUACAUGGAUAACAAAACAGACCAUUGCUUUUCAUUUUGAGGUCGUGCAGACUUUGGUGUUUCGUGUGUAUGAUGUUGAUACUCAGUUCCACAAUGUUGAUGUGAAGAUGCUUAAGCUGGAUGAGCAGCAAUUCCUUGGUGAGGGAACUUGUACACUCUCUGAGAUAAUGAUUAGGCAAGACAGGUCAUUGACCAUAGAUCUUUUACACAGAGAAGAGUCAAACAGAGGAAAUCAUUCUCGAAACUGUGGAAAAAUUACCGUGCAUGCUGAGGAGUCUGCUAGCUCAAAGACUACGAUAGAAAUGAUAUUAAGUUGUUCAGACUUGGAAUAUAAGGAUCUCUUCUCAAGAAGUGACCCUUUUUUGGUAAUAUCAAAGAUCGUGGAGGGUGGGGCCGUGAUUCCUGUUUGCAAAACAGAAGUCAUAAAGAAUGAGCUCAAACCAAAAUGGAAUCCAAUAUUUUUGAGUAUUCAACAAGUUGGAAGCAAGGACCAAGGACUCAUAAUAGAGUGUUUCAAUUUCAAUAGCAAUGGGAAACAUGAUUUGAUUGGAAAAGUUGAAAAAUCACUAGCAGACUUGGAAAAACUUCACCGCAGUAAGCAAGGUGAAAAUCUGUUCAUACCAAGUUCUGUUGGUCAUGGUCAUCCUCUUGAAACCAAGGUACUAAAGAGCCGUCUGUUUGUUGACAAGUUCACAGAGAGUGUCCAACAUACUUUCCUGGAUUACUUGGCCGGGGGAUUUGAAUUGAACUUUAUGGUGGCUAUUGAUUUCACAGCUUCAAAUGGAAAUCCUCGCCUGCCUGAUUCUUUGCAUUAUAUAGAUCCGUCAGGACGACCAAAUGCAUACCAGAGAGCAAUUUCAGAGGUUGGCGAAGUGUUAAAAUUUUACGAUACAGAUAAGCGCUUUCCUGCCUGGGGUUUUGGAGCCCGCCCGAUUGACGGUCCUGUGUCUCAUUGUUUCUACUUGAAUGGAAGUAGUCAUUACUAUGAGGUCGAAGGCAUUCAUGGAAUUAUGAUGGCAUAUAUGAGCGCCCUGCGUAAUGUUUCUCUUGCAGGGCCAACUCUUUUUGGACCCGUGAUAAGUUAUGCUGCAUCGAUUGCGAGCCAGUCUCUUGCAAAUGGUGGCCGAAAAUACUUUGUUUUGUUAAUAAUCACGGAUGGAGUAGUAACGGAUCUCCAAGAAACCAAAGACGCCAUUGUUAAAGCAUCUGAUCUACCGCUUUCUAUCCUCAUUGUUGGGGUCGGAGGAGCUGACUUCAAAGAAAUGGAGAUCUUAGAUGCUGACAAGGGAGGCAGACUCGAAAGCUCAACGGGACGAGUUGCCUCACGUGAUAUAGUCCAGUUUGUUCCAUUGCGUGAUGUACACGGUGGCCAAGUUUCUGUUGUUCAAGCACUUCUAGCAGAAUUGCCUACUCAAUUUCUGACCUACAUGCGAACAAGAGAUAUUAAACCAAACGUAUAAUUAUUGAAGAUUGUAUAUAUGAAAAUCAAUUCUGUUAUUGAUCUUCAUGCAUUCUGAAAACAUUCUUCUCGUAUCGCGUGGUGAGAUCCCAUGGUUUUACCAAGAAGAAUCAUUUCGCAUUGUAUAAUCAAACAUUUGGGAUCCGAUGGCUACAAAAGUUUCUGGUGGCCUUGUGCAGACUCUGUAAAAAGCUCCACGCGAAGAAAUCAUUCGAUCCAUUUGUCCUCGAAGGAUUACGGGCACAAAAGAAAUGAAGAAGGUAGGGUAGAAAAAUAUAACUUUUCUCAAAAUCGGCGAUCGGAAAAAAUUGGUGAUACGAAAUUGGAAAUUUAGAAACUUCCUUUUGAUAUGUCUACAAGAGCUUUUGGCAAUAGGUUUUCAUGAAUUUUAGGGUAAAAUCCUGAAGUUAGCCUGUGUGACUGCUGAGGCAGCAUUCCUUUCCAAUUUCUCUUGUAUACGAGACCUUUUGAAUUUUGAGUGCAUAUUUUUCAAAUAAA